UCAGCAUUUGCUUUAAUCUGAACAGGUGAUCAAUGCUAGAAUUCUCACAGCACCAAGAAAGAGUUUUUUUGGGAUGUCAGGCUACUUUUGGUUUGAAGGAAUACCUUUCCCUGAUACAGUGUAUAAAAGAGAAAUUAUUGAAGAAAGUCAUGAUAAGUUUGUGAUCAGAGAUGAAGACACUGUCAUAGUGAGUUAUCCUAAGUCAGGAACUAAUUGGCUGAUUGAGAUUGUCUGCUUGAUUCAGACCAAGGGAAAUCCCAAAUGGAUCCAAUCUGUGCUUAUCUGGGAACGCUCACCCUGGAUAGAGACUAAAAAGGGACUUCCAACAUUGAUCAAUACGGAAGGACCACGCCUCAUGUCUUCCCACCUCCCUUUGCAUCUUUUCCCCAAGUCUUUCUUCAGAUCCAAGGCCAAGGUGAUCUAUGUCAUCAGAAAUCCCAGAGAUGUUCUGGUGUCUGCUUAUUUUUUCCUACAUAACACAAAAGUUAUUGAUAAUCCAGAGUCACUAGGAACUUACAUCGAAUGGUUCCUCAAAGGAAAUGUGCCAUAUGGAUCAUGGUUUGAGCACACCCGUAACUGGCUCUCUGUGAGAGAAAAGGACAACUUCCUGUUAUUGAGCUAUGAAGACAUGAAAAAGGAGGAAGGUGUCCUGUGCUCUGAAGUACUGAGCGUUUCUGCAUGGGAUAGAAAGUUUCCAUGUAAGAAGCAAAGCCAUCCAUCAGAUUCCUUGCCUUUUGAAAAACAUUGUAACUUUUCAUUAUAAAUGCAAUUUUUCCCAGGAAGCUUCAUUACUCACCUCUGCUGUAUGCUUUUUCAGUUUCACACAAGUCUCCCUUCCAACCAUUCAACACAUUCUUUUCAGUUAUUGGCAUGGUUGUUUACUUUCAAUUAAAAGUCACCUGAAGCUGUGAUACAAGUUUAGAGCUAAAAGAACCUUUAUGAUCCCAUGUGUAGUGCUUGGAUUCUAUGCAAAGUCGUCCUUAUUCCAAAGUUUUGUGUUCUUAUGUCCAACCCUAGAAGUGAGCCGGUUGUGGCAGUGCACAGUUAUAAUGCCAGUCUACUUGGGUCUGCGGUAAACAGAUUGUGGAUUUGAUGCCCAUAUAAGUAACAGCAUGAAAGCAUAAUUCAAAACAAAAUUAAAGUUUGGCUGUAAUGCUUACUAAAAAUUAUUGAGAACAUUUUUAUGAAAGUGUUUCAAACCUGUCUUAUUCUCAGUUACCGAUAGGAAAAGGUAUCAUUUGGCAUAAUCAUGAACCUCCAUUCAAUUAUUUGUGCAUAUGGCCUUCAUUCAACUUGGCUGCCUUCUAGAAGUAUUUCUAUAAGUAUCUGUAAACAUCACAGGGUAGGUUGGGUAUGGUGGUGCAAACCAUUAAUGAUAGCUCUUAAGAGGAAUUGACUAUUUCUGUGUGAGGUCCUCUGGUCUCCACAGCAAUUUACAUCACACUACAUAGGACUCCCCCCUCUAUAGGACAUAGCACACUCUGUCUCCAGACAAAAUAUCCCAUUGUAGUUAGUAGGUGGGUAGGCAUACACCUGUGAAUAUAACAAUACACAGAUGAAGACAAAAUGAUCAGAAGUUUAAGGCCCUCAUUCAGUACAAUGUAAAUUUGAGGACAGUCUAAGUUAUAUGAGACCCAUCUAAUAUCAACUCCCCCAUAAAAGAAAUCCCAGCCUCUGUAUUUUAGGGGCCAGAGAUCAGUCAUAUUCUAACACACUAAAUAUAAAAAUGUUGUGUGUGACUUUUGCCCUCCAUACAAGGCCUGUUUGUUUGCUAAAACCCAUUCUAUACUUUCUCAUUUUGUGGUGCCAUUUUUUCAUCAUGUUUCUCUUUCCAUCGUCCAUCUGUAGUUACCUUCUCUGCAUUUGUUCUUUCUAAGCUCUCUAAUUAUUGACCUCAUUUUGUUUUGUUUCUUCUUUGAGAAUACAAGGGGAACCA